UUCUAUAGGUAGUCGGACCGUACAGAGAACGAGAAGAUCACGUGGAAAACGGUGAUGCCGGUGUACAAGUUCCGAGGGAUGAACUUUUGUUGGAAGAGAACAUUGAGGUAGUUGAAGUCAUGAUGGACAAUGACAACGUUGAGGUAAUUGAGGUCAUGAUGGACAAUGACAACGUUGAGGCAGGCGAAGUCGCGAUGGACGACGACAACGUUGAAAUAGUUGUCAUGAACGGAGACGAACAAGUAUCAGAUGAUGAUAACUUUGUUGGUGUUUUCGACCUUUCACCACUGUACGAUAUUGAAGGGGUUGAACAAAUCGCCCCGAUUGUUGCUAGACUGUUGGUAGACCGUCCGGCUGGCGUUCAGCACCCACUACCGGAACCACACAACUUAGGUGCAUUGAAUUACGUAUGCACGUAUUGUAGGGCCCGCCACUUUAAGUGCGAGGAAACAAGCCCGAAUCAUUUUUCAACAUGCUGCAAUGACGGUCUGAUGGCCGUUUCAGGACUGCGUGUGUUGACACCUGCACCGCAUUUACUACAGAGGUUGUUGGUUGAAGAUUCGGUAGAAGGUAGACACUAGGUACCGAAAUAACAUUCGCCGGUACAACAACACUUUGGCAUUUGCUGCGUUCUCUACCGACCUCAACACACGGCGCUUGCCAGGUCGGGGACCGAAUGUGUUCACUGUUCAUGGGCAGGGAUAUUGGACGAUAAGUAAUGACUUGAUCGGGAACGAGCCUAUCCAACGCAGGUACUGUCAGCUGUAUUUCGUCGAAUCCGGGGAGGCAAACCGGAUUCGUAGGGAGCAGCAGCAACUGCUGCCUGCAGCACAACGUCUAUUGCCAAGUGUGCUCGAAGACUUAGACGGCCUGUUACGUGACAUCAAUCCAAUCCAUUCGCACAGGCUUUCGAGUAAUAUAUUAAAUUAAUUUUAAUGAAUAAUCCACAUUUGCAUUACACUACACUACACUACAGACAAACCAUGUUUACAUUGAUUCAUAACAUUGAAAUUUAGUGUCUUAAAAUCGGCUAGCAAGUACCCAUGUCAUUAUUCCAAUUUCCAAAUUAAUUACACUAUUUCAUUUGCCUUAUGUCAGUGUAGAUUUACCUGCCUACUUAAACUAUUCAUUUAUACAUUUUUUACUUUGCUUGCAUUCAUACAUUUUCAAUUAGUUACAAAUACUUUAAUGAGUAACUAGAAAAAGAUACAUUCUUAUUCGCUAUCACAACACAUUAUUGCCUAAAUAUAUUAACAACGUUUAGUCAUAAAUUAAAAGUUAAGUUUAUUUUGUUCAUACUCAGUUACUGAUACUUGGUAGGUAAACAGAAAA